GUCUUUUGCCGCCUGACCUGAGCUGCCAGCCGCUACCUACACCAGCGGUGCCCACUCAUCAUGGAGAAGGUCCUUGUCCUCCUGCUCCUCGCCCUCGCGGUAGCCUAUGCGGUCCCCGACCCCCGGGGACUCAUUUUCAACCUGGUAGAGGGUGAACUCUGCCUAAACAGUGCCCAGUGCAAGAGCAAGUGCUGCCACCGUGAUACCGGCCUGAGCCUGGCCCGCUGCGCACCCAAGGCCAGAGAGAGCAGCGAGUGCUCCGCCUUUACCCUCUAUGGGGUUUACUACAAGUGUCCCUGUGAGAGGGGUCUGACCUGUGAGGUGGACAAGACCAUCGUGGGCUCCAUCACCAACACCAACUUUGGCGUCUGCCUCGAUGUUGGACGCUCCAGAGAGUGAGGACACUCACCCAGGCCGGCACGCCACAGGGCGCCACCUCUCCCUGGCUAGCCACCCCUAGACCGGCACCUCCGUCUUCUAAUUGGAUUCUUGGCAAUUAAAGCCCCUCUUGCAAACCUUC